AUGAUAGAUGUUUUCAUGAAGGCUGUCUACAAGGCCUGGCUUUGCUCCGAGUAUUUCAACGUGACCCAACAACAGUGCCGACACCGGAUCCCAUGCAAGCAAUACUGCCUGGAGGUGCAGACCAGGUGCCCGUUUGUGUUACCGGACAAUGACGAGCUGAUCUAUGGAGGUUUGCCUGGCUUCAUCUGUACGGGGUUGCUGGAGAACCAGCUGCCCAGUGAGGAGGCCAAGUGCUGCGAGGUGCAAUGGGACUCCUGUGACCACCCCCCAGACAGCAACGACGACACAUCCCUUAAAUCCACAGCGUCCGAGUCCCUCCAUUUCCACCGCCACGACCCCCACCUCCAUCACCAGCGCCAGAACCACUACCACCUCUACCACCACCAUCAUCACCACCAGUACCACCAGCCCCACUCCACAUCCUUGCUGCCGGUCUCCGCAGGGUCUCGCCUUGGCAGCAGCAGGAUCAGACUGUGCGUGCUGGUCCUGAUGCUUCUCCACACCAUGGUGUCCUUCUCGAGCGUGCACGGCGGCGGCGGGGCAGCCAGCGGAGGGCUCAGCCUGGAGGCUCUGCCCGCCCUGGAGGAGAGCGUGGCACGGGACGAGUGA